AUGAAACGUGGCAGCGGAGACAUCACCUACCCAACGCCGGCUCCCGUGCCACACGCCAUCGGGUCUGUCUCCAACGACAUCGCUCCUCCGACAACGACACCCGACCCGUCCAUGCCGUUCGCUGAGCCGGCCUCUGAGACGGCGCGCGAGCUCUGCACCGUGCCGACUCCGCUGCCUCCGACCUUGCCGGCUAUCGCCAAAGCGGACACGGGCCACCACCUUCUGCGACCCCCACUGCAUCCCACGUCAGGCGUCCUCAACGAACCACUGGACACUCCUGUGGCCUCUGACCCCACUUUGCCUGGCCCGCCAGUGGCUUCCUCACGAUGCGCAUCAUCGCCGGCUGUGCCGGAUCAUUGUCGCCUGCCGACAAGGUAUGCCACAUCCCCGUGCAAUGCACGCGUCGUGGCCCGUCCAGCACUCCAUCACUCGUGCGCGCACCCUAGUCCGUGA